GUUGCCAAGAGAGCCGUGCGUCCGGUCCGGCAACACCAUAACCGCGUGCAGUCUACGGAUAACGGCGGAGCGACACAGACACUCCCGCCAUUUCUCCCGUAACGACACCUGGGAUGUCGAGCGGCGGUUCGAGCUCCUCGUCCAGGAAGGAGUUCGACGUGAAGCAGAUCCUCCGGAUCCGAUGGAGGUGGUUCGGCCACCCCGCAGUCCCUCCGCCUCACUCCCCGCCUCCAGCAGAUUACUUUACAGGGAGCGGAGCCGGCGACAGCCCCGGGGACGGACCUGCCCCCGCUAGCGGCUCCGGCGACGGGCACGCCGGCGCCGUAAAUUCCGGCGCAGGGGGUCGCGGCGGUCUCGCGCUCAGCGGAAGCGCGGGUUCAAACCUGUGUGACGUCAGCCACCACGGCAGAAAGUUGGGAGAUUCGGCGGGAAGCCGGAGAGCACCGGCGGCGACGGCGUCGACGGCAAGUUCCUGCCCGCGGUCCUUCAGCCAGCCGGAGUGCCGGAGCGCCGCGGCGCUGUCGUGGGUCUCCCCGCCGUGUCACCCUCACUCUCGCCCGAGAGCCAACAUGGAGCCCCCCGCCGAGGUGUCAGUCCCCGAGCCGUGCAGCCCUCCCGGGUCGGAGGGGGAGGGAGAGGCGGGGGCGGGGAGCAACGAGGAGAAUAACAACCGAGCGGACACCGACUCCAGCUCGUGCAGGACGUCCAACAGCAGCGCCACGCUGUCCUCAUGCGUGUCCAUGGAGCCGUGUGUGUGUCCCGAGGAGUGCGUGUUCACCGCCAUGUCCCACGCGGACGUGACCUUCCGCAAAAUGGAGGGCUACCUCAGAGCCCGGCAGCUGUGCGACAUCACACUGGUGGUCGGUGACAGAAGGAUACCCGCACACAGAUAUACAGUCAUCUGA